CUAUAAGAAUCUGUGUCGUGCGUCCUAGUUCUAGUAAAAGUAAAAGGUCAAAUUUCCCGCUCUCCAAUAUAAUAGGGAAAAUUGCCGCGAGAUGGCGAAUAUGCAGACUUUCAUUUGCGAAUCGGAUUUCUAUCAGUUGCGCAACUAGAUCACGAAAACUGAAAACAGUAAUUGUGCACCGACGCCACGACUGGCGUAUCGGCAAAUUCUACAUAGAAGCCUUGAUCAGCCAUAAAGAAGAAGAAGAAGAAGAUGAUGAAAACAAUAAUUCGAUGUGAUCGUGUAUCGUGUAUCGUGUUACAAAGUGUUACAAUCUCCUCCGUUAAUUUUUCAUAACCUUUUUAUCGUAUUUGUAAUUAAUUGUGAGCAGUGAGCAAGAGAGAAUGUGCCACGUCCCGCUUGUUUUCUGACAGACGUUCAGGUUCAGGUUAUUAAAGAUAAGAGUAUCUCGGAAAUCACAUCAGAAAUAAUAUUGAAAACUAAUUCAACAUGGGACGUACGGUGACUGUCGCCGUUUGCACGUUAAAUCAAUGGGCGAUGGACUUUGACGGGAAUUGCAGAAGAAUUUUGCAGAGUAUACAAGAGGCAAAAGAUGCUGGCGCCACUUAUAGAAGCGGUCCAGAGCUAGAGAUUUGCGGAUACAGCUGCGAAGAUCAUUUUUAUGAAUCGGACACGUUGCUUCAUAGCUGGGAAGUUUUAGCAGGCCUUCUAAAGUCCAGCAUUUGCGAGGAUAUACUGAUAGACGUGGGUAUGCCAGUGAUGCACAAAAACGUGACGUAUAAUUGCAGAGUGGCUUUCCUGAAUCGGCGGAUUUUAUUGAUUAGACCGAAAAUGCGGCUCUGCGAGGAUGGUAAUUACAGGGAAAGCAGAUGGUUCUCUCCUUGGACAAAAGAACGUAUGGUCGAGGAUUAUUUUCUGCCGCGAAUGAUAUCGCAAGUCACCGGUCAAACCGUAGUACCGUUCGGGGAUGCAGUUAUCGCGACCAGGGACACGUGCGUCGGUUUCGAAAUAUGCGAGGAACUUUGGCAUCCAGCCAGCAAUCACAUUCCGAUGUCACUGGACGGCGUGGAAAUUAUCGCAAAUGGAAGCGGUUCGUAUUUCGAAUUGCGUAAAGCUUACGUCACUGUGGACCUCGUUAAAUCGGCUACUUUUAAGGCUGGCGGCUGCUACAUGUUUAGUAAUUUACGCGGAUGCGACGGCAGCAGAUUAUAUUUCAAUGGUGGCUCCAGCAUCACUCUCAAUGGCAAUAUAUUAAAUCGCGGAAAACAAUUCGCUCUUGAGGACGUGGAAGUGACCGUCGCUACGUUCGAUCUCGAAGAUAUAAGGAAUUAUCGAAACAGCAUCAGAUCGCGAUCACAUGCGGCAGCUGCGUCGGAAAAUUAUCCGCGCGUUAAAGUAGACUUUGCGCUCACGCCGGAGAAUCUUAUGUCGAAUCCACCGGAUCGACCGCUCGACGGAGUCCAAGAUGUGUAUGGUGAUGACGACGGGCAGUCAAGACUCGUAUAUCAUACUGCAGAAGAGGAGAUUGCGAUGGCACCCGCGUGCUGGUUGUGGGAUUAUCUCAGACGAUCUUGUCAAGGAGGAUUUUUCUUACCAUUGAGCGGCGGUGUCGAUUCAUCUUCCUCGGCGUGUAUUGUAUAUUCAAUGUGCGAAAUGAUUGUCGAGUCGGUCAAUAAAAGAGAUAUGCAGGUUUUAGCAGACAUUAGAAAAAUUGUCGGCGAUUGCGAAUAUGUACCGGUCGAUCCGAAACAAUUGUGCAACACUAUCUUGGUCACGUGUUACAUGGAAACGGAAAAUUCAUCGGCAGAGACCAAGGCCAGAGCGGCAGAGUUGGCCAGUCAGAUAGGAUCCUAUCAUCACGGUGUAGUCAUAGAUAGCGCGAUAUCAGCGAUUUUAGGGAUUUUUCAACAGGUUACCAAGCUGACGCCGAGAUUCAAAGUGCAGGGUGGAUCGCCUAGAGAGAACCUGGCGUUACAAAAUGUGCAGGCCCGGUUACGGAUGGUAAUCGCUUACUUAUUCGCUCAAUUAAUGUUGUGGGUCAGAGGCCGUCCGGGUGGUCUCUUGGUAUUAGGGAGCGGUAACGUGGACGAGGCCUUGCGCGGUUAUCUCACCAAAUACGAUUGUAGCAGUGCAGAUAUUAAUCCCAUCGGUGGUAUUGCGAAAAACGAUUUAAAGAAAUUCCUCUUAUAUUUUAGACGCAAGCACGGAAUAUCCGCUUUAAGCAGUAUCCUGGAGGCACCACCCACGGCGGAAUUGGAACCGUUGCAAGCAGGACAGUUAGCACAAUUGGACGAAGUAGACAUGGGUAUGACAUACAAGGAGUUGUCGAUCUUUGGACGACUAAGAAAACAGAAUUGUUCCGGGCCUUUUACAAUGUUCUGCAGACUUGUACACAUGUGGGAUCAUUGUACUCCGAAAGAAGUUGCUGAUAAAGUAAAACACUUUUAUAGGUGUUACGCUAUAAAUCGUCACAAAAUGACGAUAUUGACUCCAUCUUGCCACGCGGAGACAUAUAGUCCCGAUGAUAAUCGAUUCGAUCACCGUCCCUUCCUUUAUAAUCACAACUGGAAAUGGCAGUUUACGGCAAUCGACGAACAGGUAAAACGACUCAACAGCGAGGAGAAACCGUUCAGACCGGAUAAGGCUGCUCCGAAAGUACUCGCCAAGCCCAGAUACAUACCGUUCAGCUCCGUAAUCAGCAAUAAGACGCAUCCAGGAAUAGUAGUUUAACCGUAGCAGUAGCACUCUCUUAUCAUUUUGACAUUGCAGCGCUGCGAUAAAUGGACAUGAUCUGUACUUGAAGCGGUCAAUGAUGGACCUUAUCGUCAAGCGAGUCGCUCUUGAGAUUAAUAUUUAGGAAACUUUUGUGAACAAGGAAGUAUCGAAAUAUGAAAGAUAUUUUGAGAAAGUUGAAUUAUGUGAAACCUGAUAAAAUAAAUCUAUUAAAUAAAAAAUAUAUGAUAAAGA